AUGUCAGGCAGGAGGUCACCUUCAGGGGCAGGGACAGGGGUUGAAUCUGUUGCGCAAGGCUCAGAAUACGAGGAGGAGCACACACAGGAGACAGGUAAGAUCCCGUCUCUCCAGGAGAUAGAGGAGGCUCUUCACUCAGCCCCGCACUCCUGUCACCAUGGAGAUGAAGUGUGGCCGAACCUCUUUCUGGGAGACAUGUCUAUGUCCCACGACAAGUUCGGGCUCUGGCAGCUGGGCAUCACCCACGUGCUGAACGCUGCUCAUGGCAAACUCUGUUGUAAAGGUAGCGAUGAUUUUUACGGAACUACCGUGAAAUAUCUCGGAGUCCCCGCCAACGACCUGCCAACGUUUGACCUAUCGCCUUUUUUCCACCCUGCAUCCGAGUUCAUUCACCAGGCUUUGACCUCAGGAGGGAAGGUUUUAGUGCACUGUGCUGUGGGUGUGAGCCGCUCAGCUGCACUGGUCCUCGCCUACCUGAUGAUCCACCAUCACUUCAGUCUUAUGUCCUCCAUACGCUGUGUGCAACAGAAGCGCUGGAUUUUCCCUAACAGAGGAUUCCUACAACAACUUAGAGCACUUGACCGGACACUUAAGGAACAGGGCCUAGACUCGGGAGCUGUGUGGGUGUCUGCUGAAGCUUGUACUCUGCGCGCAGUCGGAAUGUCAGGGAGCAAGCAGCCACAGGACGUUGCGCUCAUCAAACAACUGGAGCUCAUCUUGGAUUCCUGCUCCCCGGAUCUCACAGCAGUGGAUGAAGUCUGGCCCAACCUUUACAUAGGAAAUGUGGCUGUUGCACAGAAUAGAAAGAAAUUACAUAAAUUAGGCAUCACCCAUGUUUUGAAUGCAGCGCACUCCAAGCAGGGCAGCAUCGGCAGCCAGAGUUUUUAUGGGGACACAUGUGUUUACUUUGGCAUCCCAGCAGAGGAUUCCGACCACUUCGACAUGAGUCAGUGCUUCAAACCAGCAGCUGACUUCAUACAUAAAGGCCUGAAGAAUAAAGAUGGAAAAGUGCUAGUGCACUGCAUCAUGGGGGUGAGUCGAUCGGCCACUUUGGUCGUGGCCUACCUCAUGCUAAAGCAGCGUCUGUCUCUGAGAGAUGCCUUGAAGCACAUUGUCCAAAAACGACCAAUUUACCCCAACCGGAACUUUCUGUCUCUCCUUCUCAAGUUGGAUGAGCAGCUGGCACGAAAAAGGAGUUUGUGCCCUCUUCUCUGA